UCUCACUCAACCCACAGAUCAACCCUCAACCAACCAUCCUACCACACUUCAUAAACAAUGUCCACAUCCCUCCAAGGCUGGCACCCCGGCGAACUCGCCAUCCAACGCCAACUCGGCUACUCCACCGCCGUAACCAACAGCUGGACCUUCAUCAAGAACUUCCUGCCCGAGCAACACCGCAUCUUCCAUACCUCCAAUCUCCCCUUCCUCCCCAUCACCACCAUCGACGAGCACGGUCGUCCCUGGGCAUCCAUCGUCGCCGGAUCCACAGGAGAGCCCGGGUUCAUAAAUAGCCCCGACCCACAAACCCUAUCUAUCCACGCCCGACUCUGGACCGGCGAUCCACUCUUAAACACCAUUACGACAUGGCUCAACCCUAAGCAACAAUCCACUCCACCAGAAAGAUACCUUACCGCUGGUCUGGGAAUUGAAUUCUCAACCCGAAGACGGAAUAAAUUCGCGGGUCGGAUAGAACACGUUACCACCACUACUAACACGAAGUUGGAUUAUCGUAUCGAUGUACAUGUUACAGAGGCAUUAGGAAAUUGUCCUAAAUACAUCAACACCCGCACCCUAACCCCCCACCCAGCCACAAACCCAACCAUAACCCACUACCACCCCCAUCUACCACCAUCUUCUCUUCUUCCAUCGGAGAUAAUAUCCUUUAUCCAAUCCGCUGAUACUAUCUUCCUCGCCACCAUCUACAACCCAACCUCUACCCCUAUAACUACACCCCACGCAGGCCUCAACGCCCGAAGCGGCCUCCCCGGAUUCACUCGCAUCCACCCAACCACUAACCAGAUAAUCAUCCCCGAUUACUCAGGGAACAGAUUCGUCUCGACCCUGGGGAAUAUCCACGCUAGUGGUCUUGCCGGGGUAACUAUCUUGUCGUUCACCACGGGGGAUGUAUUAUACAUGACAGGCACAGCGGAACAUUAUACCGGUGAUGCAGCGAGGAAGAUCAUGCGUGGACAGGGAAGUCUCACCGCUGUUAGAGUAACCGGGUAUGUCUUUGUCCGUGACGCAGUUCCUGUUAGGGAGGUUGUAGGGACAGAGGUGGGGAGGAGUAUGUAUAGUCCUAAGGUGAAGGUCCUUGUUCAGGAAGAUGGUCUUGUGAUGGGUGGGGGUGGUGGCGUGGGAUAUAAAGCCCUUCUUGAGAGGGGGGAGUUACUCGGUGAUGGAAUAGGUGUGUUUAAGUUCCGGAUUCAUAGCCAGGGGACUGGGAAAGGUGACGGGUGGAGAUAAAACCCGGCCAAGCCAUCGUGCUUGAUUUCAUGGAGUGGAUUGGACCACCGCAGUACAAACAUAUGAGUGAUGAUGCGCCGGGGGAGAUUAAUGAUGAUCGGGUACGGACGUGGACUGUUUCGAGUGCGCAUGAGGGGAUGCAGCAGGUGGAGGGUUUGAGUUGACGAUGAGGGAGAUGAGGGGGGUGUUGUUACUGGUGCUUUGUUUCGGCUUCUGAGGGGAGGGAAUUGGGAAGGAGGUUGAAUUUGAUGGUUCAAUUUGUGUGGAUGUUGUUGGGACGACAGGGGAUUUUGUUCUCCCGAUGAGAGAAAAGGUGGAUGUGUUGUGGGUGGCGGGGGGAUUGGGAUUACCCCGUUUUUGGCCAUGUUGAAG